AUGUCGAACAACAUCUCGAAAUACUGCAACAACAAAUACUGCCUAUAUACGGAUAAUCCAAAAUUGCACACCGUAGAUGGCGCUAACACAACAUGCCUAAUGCACAAUAUGCAUGGUUGGAUGAUUGAAAUUUUCGAUUUAUCGGUCAAAACUUUGUUGGAUGAAUUUUUAGUGGAAUACGACUUGAGUUACAAAUACAUUCUGUUGAAUACAAAAAUUUUGAAUGGCUGGAGUUGGAUUGGCGAUGAAAAAAAAAGUUUCAACACGGAAAACCUCCAGUCAGACCCAACGAAUCCAUUUGAUUCAGAAGAUGUCGGAUACCUAAGCGUAAACUCUUCAUCCAGAUUUUCAUUCCAGCUCUAUGCAACUUCUGCCGGAGCAAAUAAAACCAAAGCUCUCUGUCAAAUAAACAGUUAG